AUGUCUUCUCCGACGAAUCCUUCUUCUGGUCAGCCUUCUGGCGCCAAAGGCAAUGGCAAUGGCAAGGAAGUCGUUAUGACCGAUGCACCCCCGGUAGAUAUCGGCACCCUGGACGCAUUUGCGUUAUUCGGAGCGGUCAACCGUGAGCGCAAGAAUAUCCAAGGCUUCAGAAUGGGUUGGCUCAAGCGUGCUUUGCCUGAAGAGGUGAGCUACUGGAACGCAGGCAUCGACAAAUUUCCAGCCGAGUUGCGCGGUCAAGAACCUCAUGCAGAGAUUAUGUACCCAGAAUACCUCGACAUUGACGAGAAGAAGCGCUUCCCGAUGAACACCGUUCACUUCGGCGAGCAGAUGUAUCGUGGGCACGACGUCGCCAGGUUCCCACUGAAGAUUGGUAACGGCAAACCCAAGCAAGCUACGGAGUGGCGUCACUGCGCGGUCUACCUGCCUGAAGUUGUCCAAGAUGAUGUCAAGAACAAGACCUACGGCACCACAAACAGUGCAUAUGCCCAUGAGAAUACGGCAGACUCGACCGAUCUCAGAGACGCCAGGUAUCGUAUCGUGCCAGACACGCAGCGGCCGUACGUUCACCUGCAGAUCGUGGUUGAGCGCACAAGCAGCAUGGUCGAUGAUCCAGACAAGCCUGGCGAGCAGAAGGAAUCUGUCAAGACCAAGACCGUGCAUUGGCUUUGUUUCGCCGAGGCCUUUAAGCAUACGAAACCAGAUGGAUCGCCAGAUCUGAACCUGCACGUCCAACUUGGUGACGACAAGCUUCUGCAGCACAGUGUCCCCAAGGGCGAUCUUGCGCUUUCUCAGCUUCUUGAAAAGAAGGACUUGGUAUGCACGCAGCUGAUACUCCCCUCAAACAGGGGUAUUGUCUGGAAAGACAUCUCGCCUGAGGACCGCGACGAAUUGUCCAAGGCGUGGAUGGAGCAAACGGUGCUCUCACCCGGUCAAAAGCUGGUACGUGACCUAGACGAUGCUCGGCAGAUUGUUCUGUUUGCUGAGCUUAAGAACGAAUUGGCGCCACAAUACCGCCAGUUUGUUGAAUUCUCGCGUGCAGUCUUCUUCGCCACCGCUCAUCUCGGCAGCUUUUGGUAUUAUCACCUCGUCAAUCCCGAGGCAGGAAUCCAUACCGAGAAGUAUCCCUUCAAGGCUGUCGACCCGCCAAGAUGGCUCGUUCAGCAAUGGCGCAUCAAGCAAGUGAAUGGCACAAAUGUCAGUGCCCAGCCCAUCGAGUGGCUACCAUUCAACAAGCCUGCUGGGAGCCGAUAUCCAGAUCUGGAUACGUACGCAUUCGAGCUGCGCCUUGGAGUUGCUCGCGAGGCACACAAGAGCGACAGAGACUUCAGCCAGACCCUCGACAGGUCGGGCAUGAAGGAUGCCGGCCAGGAAUACAUCCCUAUGCAUGAUGGCGAGACUGUUGCCGAGUGGAACGCCAAGAAGAUCCGCGUAUACGGCCACUUCAUGAACAAUCCCCAGAAUAAGGACGUUCUGGUCAAUAUCUCCAUGCAAGGCGGCCACAACGAAGCGGGAUCGAUGAAGAUGCCAGGCUACGAUCGCAAGAUUGUGCUGGGUCUCAACUACGGGGGUUACGACUGCUUCUUCACAGGCAGCAUACUCGAUGACAUUACGAAUUCGGGCGCUCAGAUGACUGCACUGGUCACAGCGAAGGCCGGCAACAAGAUCGCUGUGCCGGACAGUUCCGCCGAGAAGGGGUACCAACUCAUCCUCGACUUUCCGGAUGAUCCUACGGCCAACAAUCGCUCCCUGAAUGCUGUCUCCCUCAUGCAGAAGGGCCAGAAGAGGCGAGUAGGUGUGUUCAUCCCAGAGAUUGCGCUUGGAGCUCCACGCCCACGGGACCAGCAGACUGCAUGGCUGCACAAGCAUUUCAGGGGAAAUCCUGCAAAGCACACGGCCUACCAUGCUGAGCUCGAUCGUCAGGGGCUCAAUGACAAGCAGCGUGCUGCAGCGAACGAUCUCGCCAGUCCCACAACCACCGGCGCGUUUGGUCUCUGGGGCCCCUACGGUACUGGCAAGACGAAGGCACUUGCAGCCGUCGCCAAAGCUUUGGUUGCCACAGAUACCAAGGUUAUGAUCUGUGCCAGCCAGAAUGAGGCUGUCAAUCGGUGUCUGGAGGUCUUUGUCAAGGAUUUGCCGCCGAGUCUGGAAGCCACUGCAUUCUGUCGCUUCACCGGUGCUCUCAGGCGUAUCUCAACGCAUGAUGACACAGCCGAGGACAAGUCCGAGGACUCCUACCUGCCAUCGGAUCGGUACAUUGGUUCCUGGGCUGACAGUAUGGCUGCGCAAGACGAAGAAGCCCGGAACAAUCAAAUGGCCUCGAUCUUCGAGAUGGCUGCUGUCAGUACUGGUAAGAUGGGCAACAGCUCGCAGAUUGCCGAUCCUCAUGGGUUCGGUAAAAUGAAGCUUGCGUUCGUCGAGCAUCUUGCCGCCUCGACUCCUGCCGACAUCCAGAAGACGCGCGUGGUACGAGCCGGCAAAAACUCUGCCAAGGAGGCCAAGGCCACCCACGACUCGGCACGCAAGUACCUUGAGGCUCUACACAAGCUCCGCCAGGGUACCGAGUCGCUCAGCAAGAAAGAGUCCAAGGACUUGCGCGCCGAGUUCCGUGGCCUAGAUGAGUAUUGGACCACGGUCUAUGUCUCUCGCUGGGUGAAGGCCAUCUUUGUGACCAACAGCUCCUCGUGCCACGAGUCCUUGCUCGAUAGCUGGAGGCCCGAGGUCAUCAUCCAGGAUGAAGCCGGCCAAUCCACUCCUGCUGAUGCCAUAAUCCCCUUGGCAUUCUUCAUGGAGUACAUCAAGCUGUGGAUCAUGACAGGCGAUCCCAAGCAGUUCAAACCGACGCUGACCUCCAAAGGCGCAAACGAAUCCGAGAUGUCGAUGAUCGAGUCCAUCUACACUCGCGAGAUCCUGGCAGAGCCCAAACGCAUUGACUGGGGCUUCUUGAACGUGCAGUAUCGCCUGGAUCCUCAGCUGUCCGCGUAUCCGAAUGCGACGCUGUACAAGAAUCUGAACAUGGUGGAUGCUCCCAGCACUGCCAUUGUCACAGACCUUCAGAAGCGGAUCACAGCGAGCAUGAAGCCCUUCAAGGAUCAGAGCUUGUGGAAUGGUCGCUUCCGGGUCGGCAUCGACUUCAGCGCAGACGGCGACAAGUCGGAGAGGUGGGAAUCCUCGACCUCCAUGUACAACCAGAGUGAAGGUGCGUGGAUCGUUGACACGGUCGCUGGAAUGGUGAAAGCCGGUAUCUCACCUGCGGACAUCCUCCUCAUCACACCGUAUGACGGUCAGCGCCGCUUCCUUCGCCGCGAGCUCCAUGGUCAGAAUACCGAAGUGCGUGCUCGCGAGGUGCGGGUCAUGUCAACGUACUCUUCCCAGGGUCACGAGGGCAAGAUUGUGUUCUUCAGCCUUGUGAAGAACGUCCCGGGCAACCCAGACAGUUCGGCAUUCCCCACGACGGAUGAGUGCAUCAACGUCGGCAUCACGCGGCCGCAAGACUGCUUGUUUCUCGUGGGUCAAUUGGUGCAUUAUAAGCGCCACUUGAAUGUCAAGGACAGGAAAGGUCUUUUGAAGAGUGAUAACCGCAAGUAUUUUGCGGGUCUCAUCCACGACCUUUUCGAGAAGAAGGACGUCUUCCGUGGCCUCGAGUGGGACGAGGUGCUUGCCAACCCGGGCAAGGUGAUGUACGACGGCUCCAUCGUCUACCGAGGCGGUUAUCUCAAGCCCAAGGCUCCAACUUCGGUUCCUGGCGCCGCGACCAGCCACGCUGGGGCAUCUGGUCGUGCCGACAUCCGUGAGGAGUCCACCUUGGGCGCCUUCGCCAAGAAGCCAAAGACGUCCCACGAUCCUGCAUCCGAGCCUGCCAACCGCGGCCGCGGCAAUGCUUGGACUCAAGGCCGUGGUCGUGGUCGUGGAGCUCGCGGUGGUGGUGGCGCACUAUAG